GGGGCUUCCAGAGAGGCCUCCGACUAGGCCUCCCUGAAGCCUGAACUCGAGUAGGCCCCAAGCAAGGAAGGAGGAAGCAGGCAGCAGACCCUCUGCCCAGACCAGACCAUCCAGAACAGCUAUUGCUAGGUCAAUGUGCAGAUAUAAUUGGAGGAAAAGAAUCACUUCCACACUCAAGGCCUUAUAUGGCUGCCAUCACCCGAGAAAAACGGACUGCGGCUAUAUUUUUGAAGAUAAUAGACUGUGGAGGGACUCUGAUUGACAGGAAAUGGGUGUUAACAGCAGCCCAUUGCUUUCUGUGUAAAAGCCGCCAAAUUGUUCUUGGAGCUCAUUCAUUAAACAGAGAAGAGAGAGGGAAACAGAUCCGUACAAUUACUCAAGUGUUUGUUUACCCAGGCUAUAAUGCACAGACAUUGGAAAAUGACAUUAUGCUUUUGAAGCUUGAUAAAGAUGCCAAGAUAGGAAAAACUGUUCAAUUCAUUAGGCUCCCCAGGACUUCUGAUGAUGUGCCAGCAGGAAACAAGUGCCUAGUUGCUGGCUGGGGAAGAACAGACAAUAGAAGACCAUCUGAAACCCUGCGUGAAGUUAAUGUCACUGUCGUGGAUAGAACAGUCUGCAAUAAUCUGAUACCUUAUAGAAAUAUGAUAACUGAAAACCUGCUAUGUGCGGGAGAGGAGAAUGGAAGCAAGGAUUCUGCUCAGGGUGACUCCGGUGGUCCUUUGAUUUGUGAUGGGGAACAAAGAGGCAUUGUCUCCUUUGGUGAAGUAGGAUACCCUGGGGUCUAUACUCAUCUUACCAAAGACUACAUCGCAUGGAUAAAGAAAACCAUGGAAGACAACGCAUAGAUAUUAUUUCUUGAUCUCCUUAGUAUAACGUUUUUGCUUGUUUGUGCAAAAUGCUUACCUCAUUCAUCUCUGUAACUGUACUGUUAUAUAUAUAGCAACUAGUCUAUGAUUUCCACUUCCACAGGUGGGCAAGAGAGGGAGAAUAUCAUAUCCAAGGCCAGCUGUAGGACUAAAAGACUAAGUUUGACCAUUCCUGUUCUAACAUUCUGUCAAUUGGCUCUGUAAUAACUGGUUACCUCUAGGACCGUGCAAGGUUGGACAUGGCCUGAUAUGGGCCAGAUUGGAGGGUGUCAGGGAUACAUCGAUUGCAACCUAGAGAAAUCUAGUUCAGGUUGGAGUUCUCUGAUGCCAUUUGGGGAACUUUAGAGCACUUCAGAGUCCACAUUUUCUCUCUCCCAAUUUUGGCUGUGGAUGACAAAAGCCAUCUUCUGGCAUCUCUCUGCCCGCCUACUUAGCCAAGCAUUUCCCCCUUUAUUUUUAUAAACAUAAAGCAGCCAAUGUCCAGUUUUCACAUCAUUUCCUCUGAGUGUCCCUGUUAUUACAUCACUUCCCCUGAGAUUCUUGGAUGUUACAUCACUUUUGUUUUGUGAUUCUCUGCUUUCCUUAAAAAAAUAAAAAAUAAAAACAAUGGAAGGUCAGAUUUACUUCUAAUUAAAUACACAGUGUCCAGCUAUUCUGGUAUGCCAAAUUUCAGAGUUCCCGGGGUUCUUGUUUUGUUAUGUUUUUCAGAGAUUUUUUCUUUCUUUCCCCAUAUGGGAAUUUUCACCCAUCAAAGAAAGUGGUGGUAUUCCUGACUAUGAAAAGGACUGAACUGACAUCUGUGGUUCUGGAUCACCAGAAUCUGAAUACAGCCAAAUUAGGAAUCCUAACUAGUUGUUUGCUUAUGAGAUAUAGCUACAGCUCUAGGUAUCCUAAUUAUGAUGCAUCAGCCUUUUUACUGCAUAGGCCUAUUUUGCACGAAUCAUUAAAAGGCAAUAACAUCAA